CGAGCCCCGUUUAAGCACCCAGCGAAACAUAAUUCGCGGGGAAGACGCAUUGACCCGGAAUCCUAUUUGGCCAUUUUGUGAGCAGAUCGACCGGAGUCCUCUGAAGGCCGAGGAAACGCCGCAAUGGAAUACGAGAACAAGCACAUCCUCGCUCCCAUGGUUCGUGUGGGCACUCUACCAUUUAGGUUACUGGCUGCCGAAUAUGGUGCGAAUAUUACUUACGGGGAGGAGAUCAUCGAUCACAAAAUUUUGAAAUGCGAACGGCGAGUGAAUGACUAUCUUGGGACUACUGAUUUUGUUGAGAGAGGAACUGGUGACGUUGUUUUUAGAACCUGUCACGAGGAGAGAAAUAGACUUGUGUUUCAGAUGGGCUCCUCUGAUGCUGUUAGGGCUCUAGCUGCUGCUGAGUUAGUGUCCAAAGAUGUUGCGGCCAUUGAUAUCAACAUGGGGUGUCCCAGGUCGUUCUCCAUCAGUGGAGGAAUGGGAGCUGCGUUACUAUCUAAACCUGAACUUGUCCAUGAUGUACUCCAUAUUUUUAAUUUAAAUAUCUUGACCACAUUGAGAAGGAAUUUGAACAGUGCGGUAACAUGUAAGAUUCGUCUUCUCAAUUCAUCCCAGGAUACAGUGGAACUUUCGCGUCGAAUUGAGAUGUCUGGUGUUUCUGCACUUGCUGUUCAUGGAAGGAGAGUUAAGGACAGGCCACGAGAUCCUGCAAAGUGGAGUGAGAUUGCAGAUGUUGUUUCAGCAUUAUCCAUUCCUGUUAUAGCUAAUGGCGAUGUCUUCGAUUAUGAACAUUUUGAACGGAUAAAAAUUGCCACGGGUGCUACGGCUGUGAUGGUGGCAAGAGGUGCUUUGUGGAAUGCUUCAAUUUUUCGUGCAGAAGGGAAGUUAUCUUGGGAGGAUGUCAAGAGAGAGUACUUGAGGAAGUGCAUUUUGUGGGACAAUGGUGUCAAAAGCACCAAGCAGACAUUGAAGGAAAUGAUAAUGCACUACUCCUGCCUUGAACUUGCAGAAGGAAAAGUUGUAACUAAAUCGCAAACUAUUGCAGACUUAGCAAAUAUAUAUGGAGAAGAGGGAUAUUAUCAGUUCGUUACCAAAAACCGAUGAAAAUGAAUAGGUUUUUCAAGGCAAUGAACCUCCGCUUCAGAUUUUCUCAGUUAAAUGUCUUUUGGAGAAAAAGCUAUAAGGAUGCCUGUAAGAAGAAUCAGAAGAAUGGAUAAAGACUUCACCAAAGAAGAAAUGUGAAUGAUAUUUAUUCUGCCAAUUGUGAUAUUUGAUCAAGAGUGAGUUACUUCUAUUGUUGUUUAGCCUGUUGUCUUCCUCAAAUUUCACUUCUGGCAUUUGCUACCACAGUAGUUAUUGAGUUCAAUGGUAAUAUUUGCUUAAUUCAUUUA